AUGAGCGCCGGCCGCCGCUCCCUGGGCUGUCGGGAAGGGCGCGGGAAGGGCGCGGGGGCGCCGGCGCUGACGGCCCCUCUCCCCGCAGAGGCCGCGCGGGCGCCGCGCAGGGAGCACCGGCCGCAGCCCGAGGGCGCCAGCUGCGACGGGGCGGCCGCCGCGGCCGCGGGCCCCCCGCCGGCGCUGGCCGAGCGCGGCCCCCUGGCGCCGCCGUCCCCCGGCAAGGCCCGGCGCGCGGAGCCGCUCGACGCCCGCGUCGUCAUGGGCGAGGAGACGCGGCGGGCGCCGCUCGAGCCCGACCUCUUCUUCACGGCGCCCUCGACGCCCGUCAAGGCGGCGCUGGCCCGGCUGCGCGACCGGGACGAUGACGAGGAUGAGGAGGAUGCGGCGGGCGGCAGCGAAGGCCCCGGCUCGCCGCCCACCUCCCCGUCGGGCUCCUACAUGACAGCCGAGGGCGGCAGCUGGGGCUCCUCGGGCACGGGCAGCACGUCGCCCUCCUGCUCGCCCAACCUGGGCGCCGAGCCGCUGCCCGAGGAGGAGGAGGGUGACGACGAAGGCUGCCGCGUGGCCCCCUUCGCCCUGCCCGAGGAGGAGGAGGAGGGCGAAGGCCGAGCGACGCCGGAGGAGGAGGAAGGCUGGGGGGCGCCGCUGCUGGCGCGGCUGCUGGGCGCCGCCGAGGCCGGCAUGGUGCCCGCCGCGCUGCUGCCCUUCCGCGGCAGCCUCCUCUUCGAGGCCGAGGCCGUGGAGAUCGCGCCGGCCGCCCCCGAGGAGGAGGAUGGUGAUGACGAUGGUGGUGAUGAUGAUGAUGAUGAUGACAGCGCCUCGGCCUCCUUCCUGCGCUCGCUCUCGGAGAGCUCCGUGGCCGAGGGCGCGGACGAGGCCUUCGCCUACCGGGACGACACGUCGGCGGGCGCCGCCUCGGCCUCCUCCUCCUCGGCGGCCUCGUCCUCGUACGGCGGCGCCGAGGACGAGCGGCUCUACGGCGCCGAGCGCCACGCGCUGCCCCCGCGCCCGCCCGGCGGCAUCGAGCUGCGCCUCGGCCACGCCGCCGUGGAGCCUUCCUCACCCGCCGGCGAGGAGGAGGAGGAUGCGGCACCCCCCGGCGAGGAGGAGGAGGAGGUGGCGCCUUCAUCUCCCCGAGGCCACAGGACACUGAGCGAGGAGGAGGAGGAGGAGGUGGCGGCGCCUUCAUCGCUCGGCAGCCCCCAGGCUCUGGGCGAGGAAGAGGAGGAGGGGGAGAAGGUGGCAGCGGCACCUCCAUCACCCUACAAUGCUAGUAUGUCAAGUGAGGAAGAAGAGAAGGUGGCACCUUCAUCACCCCAAGGUCUCAGGACACCAAGUGAGGAAGAAGAGAAGGUGGCACCUUCAUCACCCCAUNCACCCCAUGGUCUCAGGACACCAAGUGAGGAAGAAGAGAAGGUGGCACCUUCAUCACCCCAUGGUCUCAGGACACCAAGUGAGGAAGAGGAGGAGAAGGUGGCAGUAGCACCUCCAUCACCCUGCAGCCCCAGCACACCGGGUGAGGAAGAGGAGAAGGGGGAACCUCUGUCACCCCAUGGUCUCAGGACACCAAGUGAAGAAGAAGAGGAGAAUGUGGCACCUCCAUCACUGCAUGGUCUCAGGACACCAGAGGAGGAGGAAGAGGAGAAGGUGGCACCUUCAUCACCCUGUGGUCUCAACUCGCUGAGUGAGGAAGAAAAGGUGACAUCUCUGUUGCCCAUCAGGCCUGGGACGCCGAGUGAGGAAGAGGAGGGGGCAGUAGCACCUCCAUCACCCUGCAGCCCCAGCACGCCAGCUCCAGAGGAGGAUGAGCCUCUGGAAGAGGAAGAGGAGGAGGAAGAGGAGGGUGACGCUGGCCUGGCCCAGGGCAGCCCUGUCCACAUCCCCUCUGAGGAAGCCACCGUGGAACUGACCACCAAGUGCCUCCCUGUGUGCCCCUCUGAGGAAGAGGAGGUGGAGGAGGCUGAAGAGCCGCGGGAUGCUGUGACACUCGAGGACACCUUGGCACUGGAGGAUGCUGCGACAUCCAAGGACAUCGUGACACCCGAGGGUGCUGUGAUGCCUGAGGACACUGCAAUGCCUGGGGACGUGGUGACACCUGGGCAUGUCGUGGCAUCGGAGGACGCUGUGAUGUCCAGGGAUGUCGUGACACCAGAGGAUGCCGUGAUGUCCAAGGAGGCUGUGAUGCUUGGGGACAUGGUGACACCUGGGCGUGUUGUGACACCAGAGGACACCAUGAUGUCUGAGGACACUGUGGCACCUGGGGAUAUGGGGACACCCAAAGAUGCCACCAUGCCCGAGGACUUGGUGACACCCAGGGAUGUGACCCCAGAGCUUGCUGUGACACCAAAGGACACCACGAUACCUGAGGACAUCGUGACACUAGAGGAUGCUGUGACACCUGGCCAUGUCGUGACACCAAAGGACACCACGAUACCGGAGGACAUGGUGACACCCAGGGGUGUGACACCUGAGGAUGUUGUGACACCAAAGGACACUCUGAUACCGGAGGACAUCACGACACCUGGGGAUGUGACACCCAGAGAUGUUGUGACUCCAAAGGACACCACAAUACCGGAGGACAUCACGACACCCAAGGAUGUUGUGACACCUGGGGAUGUCGUGACACCAAAGGACACCACGAUACUGGAGGACAUCAUGACCCCUGAGGAUGUUGUGACACCAAAGGACACCACGAUGCUGGAGAACAUCACGACACCCAAGGAUGUUGUGACACCUGGGGGUGUCAUGACACCAAAGGACACCAUGAUAGCUGAGGAUGUCACGACACCCAACGAUGUCCUCACACCAAAGGACACUAUGAUAGCUGAGGACAUCAUGACACCCGAGGACAACACAAUACCAGAGGACAUCAUGACACUAGAGGAUGCUGUGACACCUGGGGAUGUUGUGACACCAAAGGACACCAUGAUAGCUGAGGAUGUCAUGACACCCAAGGAUGUCAUGACACCAAAGGACACCAUGAUAGCUGAGGAUGUUGUGACACCCAAGGAUGUCGUGACACCAAAGGACACCAUGAUAGCUGAGGACAUCGUGUCUCCCAAGGAUGUCGUGACACCAAAGGACACUUUGAUAGCCGAGGACCUCACGACCCCCAGGGACGGGAUGCCCGAGGACCUGGCCAUGCCGGAGGAGGCCACAGCAGAGCUGGGGACGUGUCCCCCACAGGAGCCCGAGGGGCCGGAGAGCAGCGCCCCGGAGGCUCCGCACCCGGCGGAGGAGAGCGCCCCAGCGGGAGGCUCCGCCGAGGAGGACGAAGAUGAGGAAGGUGACGGACCAGCAGCCUCGCAGCCCGUGGGGACCACGGAGCCUCCGCCGGGAGCCGCCGCCGCCAGCGAGGAGCCGGCGGGCGGGCGGCCCCCGGGCGCCGUCGUGGCCCCGUCUCCCCGCUCCUCCAGCGGCCGCGAGGAGGAGGAGGAGGAGGAAGGCUCCUGCAACGACUCGGAGAGCAACGAGGACUCCAUCCCGGAGCUGGAGGAGGCCGAGGGCGCCGAGCCGCGGGCGGCGCAGACCCAGGCGCCGCUCGGCCACGCGGUGGGCGCCGGCGAGGAGAGCAUCAGCAAGGCCAAGCAGAGCCGCAGCGAGAAGAAGGCCCGCAAGGCCAUGUCCAAGCUGGGGCUGCGGCAGAUCCACGGCGUCACCCGCAUCACCAUCCGCAAGUCCAAGAACAUCCUCUUCGUCAUCACCAAGCCCGACGUCUUCAAGAGCCCCGCGUCCGACAUCUACAUCGUCUUCGGGGAAGCCAAGAUCGAGGACCUGUCGCAGCAAGUGCACAAGGCGGCGGCGGAGAAGUUCAAGGUGCCCAUGGAGCACUCGCCGCUCAUCACGGAGACGGCGCCCAGCCUCACCAUCAAGGAGGAGAGCGAGGAGGAGGAGGAGGUGGACGAGACGGGGCUGGAGGUGCGGGACAUCGAGCUGGUCAUGGCGCAGGCCAACGUGUCGCGGCCCAAGGCGGUGCGCGCGCUGCGGCACAACAACAACGACAUCGUCAACGCCAUCAUGGAGCUGACCAUGUAGCAGGCGGCGGCGCCCGCGUCCCACCCCGUGUCCCCUGUAUAGAAGCCCCGCUGGUCCUCGGCGCCCGUUCCCCGCGCUCCGGCCCCGGCACCUCCUCACCCGCGACUGUAGCGCUCAAUAAACGGCCUCAUGUAUCACUUGGAUCGCA